UUUCAGUUCCGUGGGCCCUUCAAAGCACGUGGGAGAAAGUCGUGCACGGCUCUAUGUUACAUGUGGUCAGAAAACCUAGCAAUGAUUUCAGCUAAGUAAACGUACUAAAUCUGGAUAAUCAUCCGAUAUGCUGUUUAGAAAAGACGUGCCAUGGCGGCGAUUGGAGGGCAUGUCGUUUGGCAUGUACUCUGCCGAAGAGAUACGGAAGUUGAGUGUAAAAACGAUCACCAACACGAGGUUGCUUGAUGGAGUCGGGAAUGUGCUCCCAAAUGGCCUGUAUGACUUGGCCCUGGGACCAGCAGACAACAAGGAGGUAUGCUCAACUUGCCACCAGGACUUCAACAACUGUCCAGGACACCUGGGACACGUAGAGCUACCACUUCCUGUGUACAACCCUUUAUUUUUCGAUAAACUCUACCUGUUGAUCCGUGGUUCAUGUUUGACGUGCCAAAUGUUAACAUGUCCACGGGCAGCCGUCCACCUGCUAUUGAACCAACUCAAGUUAUUGGACCAUGGAGCCAUGCAGCAAGUUUACCAGAUAGAGGAAUUUCUCAACCAGUUUAUAGAGAAGAACGGCAAAGUCACUGGUGACGAUAUUGCAGCAGCGUUGAAAGAGUUCACCGAUUCAGUCGUAACUGAAAGCUCAGGAAAGAUCAACCAGAUAAAACACAUUGUUGGAAGAAAAAACACUUUGAUAACUGAUUUCUGGAAAAAUCACAUGAAAUCUCGGAAAUGUCCCCACUGCAGGAGCAAGCGCUUCGCCGUCCGAAGCGAGCACAACAGCAAGCUGAUCGUCACAAUGCCCGCUGGCACGCAAAGCAUUCUCAAAUGUGAUGUAGUGGACAUGACGGGUGGAGACAAAGCCUACAUGACUGCCAGCACAGCUAGAGAACACGUCAACAUGCUGUGGAAGAAAGAAGGUUUCUUCCUGAAGUGUCUGUUUUAUGGGGUUAGGAACAACUCUGCGUCAAACGGAGCGGAAGAAGGUUUCUCUCCGGAUCUCUUCUUCCUGGAGUUGAUGGUGGUCCCGCCAUGCAGGUACCGUCCAACUAAUCGACUGGGUGACCAGAUGUUUACCAACGGUCAGACGGUCAACAUGCAAGCAGUGAUGAAGGACAGUGCAGUUGUAAGAAAACUGCUUUCUCUCAUGGCUGUUGAGAAAGGUACUCCGGAGGCUGAGUCUCAGGAUACUGAAGAGAAAGACAGGUCUUUUCUCUCAGAGAUUCCUGGAAAGACAUUAACAGAUAAACUCUACAACGUGUGGAUUCGCCUUCAGACACACAUCAACAUUGUCUUUGACAGUGACAUGGACAAAAUGAUGUCUCAAAAGUACCCAGGAAUCAAACAGAUUCUGGAGAAAAAGGAUGGAUUGUUCCGUAAACACAUGAUGGGCAAAAGAGUUGAUUUUGCAGCUCGAUCUGUCAUCUGUCCAGACAUGUACAUUGGAACCAAUGAGAUAGGACUUCCCAUGGUGUUUGCCACAAAACUAACCUACCCGCAGCCUGUCACGCCUUGGAAUGUGAAGGAGCUUCGCCAGGCCGUCCUGAAUGGCCCAAACGUCCAUCCCGGUGCGACGAUGGUGAUGAGUGAGGACGGCAGGAGAACUCUCUUGUCACCGAGCAGCUUUACACAAAGAGAAGCGGUUGCCAAGCAGCUGUUGACGCCCUGUCCGGGUCCACACAAGAUGCCAAUGAAAAUAGUGAACCGUCAUAUUAAGAACGGAGAUGUUCUGUUGUUGAACCGACAGCCAACCUUGCACCGACCGUCAAUACAGGCUCACCGUGCACGCAUUUUGCCUGGAGAGAAGGUUCUGAGGCUCCACUACGCCAACUGCAAAGCUUACAAUGCAGAUUUUGAUGGCGAUGAGAUGAAUGCUCACUUCCCACAGACCGAGCUCGGUCGAGCUGAGGCCUACACGUUAGUCAGCACCGACCAACAGUAUCUUUUGCCAAAGGAUGGGACACCUUUGGCUGGUCUGAUUCAGGAUCACAUGGUUUCAGGUGCACGCAUGACAAUUCGAGGCAGUUUCUUCACCAGAGAUCAGUACACCGAACUUGUGUACAGAGGACUGACUGACAAACAAGGGCGAGUUAAACUUCUCCGACCCGCAAUACUCAAGCCACAGAAACUCUGGACAGGAAAGCAGGUGGUGUCCACACUCCUCCUCAAUGUUAUUCCAAAAAAGGCCGUACCGUUAAAUCUGGUUGGAAAAUCAAAAAUCCCCAGCAAAGCAUGGAUCCAAAUUCCCCCACGAGCGACUCCUGGAUAUGACCCUGACACCAUGUGUGACUCGCAGGUGCUGAUCCGUCAGGGUGAGUUGUUAGUGGGGGUUCUGGACAAAGCUCACUACGGCUCCUCUGCGUACGGUCUGGUCCAUUGUUGCUACGAACUUUACGGAGGGGAGACCAGCGGCAAUCUGCUCAGCUGUCUGGCCAGACUCUUUACUGCUUACCUGCAGUUAUAUAGAGGAUUCACUCUAGGUGUUGAGGACAUUCUGGUGAAACCAGGUGCCAAUAAAAAGAGGAAAAGGAUUAUCAAAGAAUCUCUGAAAAUUGGCACAAGAGCCCUCCAGACAGCAUUCAACCUUCCCCCCGACGUGGAUGAAGCAGAGGCUAAGAGCCGAUGGCAGGAUGCUCAUCUCAAUCCGGACCAGCGAGAUUUUAGCAUGGCUGACCACAAAUUCAAAGAAGUGGCCAACCAAGUCAACAAUGACAUUAACAAGGUGUGUAUGCCAAUUGGCCUUCACACCUCCUUCCCAGACAACAACCUCCAACUGAUGGUCCAGUCAGGUGCCAAGGGUUCCACCGUCAACACCAUGCAGAUCUCGUGUCUACUAGGUCAGAUUGAAUUAGAGGGUCGUAGGCCUCCACUGAUGCCCUCUGGGAAAUCGCUACCUUGUUUCCAACCAUAUGACCCAGCGCCCGUUGCUGGAGGUUUUGUUACUGGGAGGUUCCUCACAGGCAUCAAACCACAGGAAUUUUUCUUCCAUUGCAUGGCAGGCAGAGAAGGACUGGUGGAUACUGCUGUAAAAACAUCUAGAUCAGGAUACUUGCAGAGGUGUAUUAUAAAGCAUCUGGAGGGUUUGGUGGUACAGUAUGAUCUGACAGUGAGGGACAGUGAUGGAUCUGUAGUCCAGUUCUUGUAUGGUGAAGAUGGGCUUGAUAUCCCUAAGACGAAGUUCCUGCAGCCGAGGCAGUUUCCCUUCAUUGAGGACAACUUUGAGGUAAUCAGAAAGUCGCAGGGCUUGGACGGGGUGUUAGCACGAGUGGACCCUCAAGGUGCCAAUAAACAUUUUUCAGCCAUACAACGCUGGAAAUCAAAAAGAGGGUUGGCUUGUCCUCGCAAAGGAGCAUUUCUAUUGUUUUCCCAAAAGAAGCUGGCGAAACUGAAGCAGACCGAUGCCGGAGUAAAUGUGUGCGGGAGGGAUGCGGCUGUUCUAAAACUGAUAGAACAGUGGCGUGCUCUAGGUGAAGAUGGGCAAUCAAAAUACAAAAAAAAGUCCUCCCGCUGCCCUGACCCCAGCCUGGCCAUGUUUAGGCCUGAUAUAAGCUUUGGAUCUGUUUCUGAAAGCUUUCACGACAUCACCGAGAAAUACUUGCAAAAUCGAGACACGAUGAGUCCACAGGGCUUGGAUACCGACAGACUUCGACCACUGUUGCAUUACAAGUGGCAGCGGUCACUAUGUGAUCCAGGGGAAGCGGUGGGUCUGCUGGCAGCUCAGUCCAUUGGCGAACCCUCCACCCAAAUGACCCUCAACACCUUCCACUUUGCUGGCAGAGGAGAGAUGAAUGUCACACUGGGAAUACCUCGACUGAGAGAGAUCCUGAUGGUGGCCAGCUCCAACAUCAAGACACCUAUGAUGAGUGUUCCGGUGUUGAACAGCAAGAAGGCCUUAAAGGGAGCUCAGAAACUCCGCAGACAACUUACAAGGGUCUGCUUGGCCGAGGUACUGCAGAAAAUCGAUGUGGUCGAGACAGUACGUAUGGAGAGCCUCCCUCGGUCGAGGAUGCAGACUUAUAAAAUCACUUUCAACUUUCUUCAUCCUGAGCAUUAUGCUGAAGACAAACAGCUCUCACCCCACAAGAUCCUCCACUACAUGGAAACUAGAUUUUUUUACCUCUUGCUUCAAGCCAUUGACAAACGUACUGCCAAGCUGGCCUCCAUUGCUGUGGGGACCCAGAAGGCCACCCUCAGAGACAAAGACAUUGAUGGUGAUGAAUUGGCUGAGCCACCAGGGGGGGAUGAUGGGGAGGACGUGGCGGAGAGAGAAAUAGUUGAUGACCAAGCGAAUGAAGGUGACGCUGACGCAUCAGAUGCCAAGAGGAAAGACAAGCAAGAAGAGGAAGUCGAUUAUGACAGCGCGGAGGAAAAUGAGGAUAAGGAUGAUGUGGAGGAGGAAGAGGAGGCGCAGGAGGAAGAGGAGACGCAAAAGGAAGCACAAGAGGAAGCGGAGGGUGGUGCCAAACAAUCCAAAAUGGAGUCGACAGCCGCGAAAAAGACUCAAGCGGAAAGUGGAGGAGUAGAAGAGUCUGCCGAUCAGAUGAGGGUGAACUUUGUCCUGAAUUCCAACCCAGCAAUAGAGGGCUACUGCUAUGACCUCAAGCAUGAACUGUGGUGUGAAUUGGAAGUGGCUUUCCCAGUGAGCAAAGUGUACCUUGACAUGACGUCAGUCGUGUCAAAACUAGCCCAAAACGCCAUCAUGGUGGAAACCAAGGGCCUGACCCGAUGCUUGCUGAAUGAGACCACAACCAAGACUGGAGAAAAACUGAUGGUUCUUAACACUGAGGGCAUCAACAUGCACAAAAUCUUCGAGCACAGCGAUAUCCUGGAUGUCAACAGGCUCUAUUCCAACGAGGUCCAUGCCAUGGCACAAACCUACGGGAUCGAAGUAGCUUUCAAAGUCAUAGAGAAAGAAAUCAAAGAUGUCUUUGCAGUUUAUGGUAUCCAGGUGGACCCCAGACAUUUGUCACUCGUGGCAGACUACAUGUGUUUUGAGGGGGUCUAUAAACCACUGAACCGCCAUGCCUUUAAGUCCAACCCCUCCCCACUGCAGCAGAUGACUUUUGAGACCAGCUACAAAUUCCUCAAACAGGCUACCAUGCUGGGCGCAAGUGAUCAACUCGUAUCGCCAUCAGCCUGCCUGGUGGUGGGGAAGGUUGUCAAAGGAGGAACAGGACUUUUUGAGCUCAAACAACCGCUGCAGUAGAGGGGACUGAUUUGGACACUUAUUGUAGGCAUUUUGGAGUCAUGACUUUCCUUGGACAGUGACAAUAAUCUCGCACACCUAUCAUGGAGUGGACGAGACAUGGGUAUCAUCACUGUCUUUGGAUGAAAGUAAAUGGAUCUGGAUAAAUAUAUUUAUAAAAAUGUUUUAUUAGUCCAAAUUACUAGAUGAGUUUGUACAGCAUAGUUUCUACUCAAGAUUGUGUUCUGAAAGAUACUGUAUGUUUUGUCUGAAA